AUGAGUCUUCUCAUGAUUAGUGAGAAUGUAAAAUUGGCUCGUGAAUAUGCAUUGCUGGGGAACUAUGACUCUGCCAUGGUCUAUUACCAGGGAGUUCUUGACCAGAUGAACAAGUAUCUGUAUUCAGUCAAAGAUACCUAUCUCCAGCAGAAAUGGCAACAGGUUUGGCAGGAAAUAAAUGUGGAAGCUAAGCAUGUUAAAGAUAUCAUGAAGACACUGGAGAGCUUUAAACUAGACCACACUCCACUGAAAGCUGCCCAACACGAGCUUCCAGCGUCCGAGGGGGAGGUCUGGUCCCUGCCUGUACCUGUUGAACGAAGGCCCUCGCCAGGACCUAGAAAACGCCAGUCUCCUCAGUACGGUGACCCUAAACCACACAGUAAUCGACCAAAUACAACUGCCAGAGUUCACCGUUCAUCUGCACACAGUCUGCACAACGACAGAGGGAAAGCUGUUCGUUGUCGGGAAAAGAAAGAGCAAAAUAAAGGAAGAGAGGAAAAGAACAAAUCACCUGCUGCAGUUACAGAACCAGAGACAAGUAAAUUUGAUAGUACUGGAUAUGAUAAGGACUUAGUAGAAGCUUUGGAAAGAGAUAUAAUUUCUCAGAAUCCCAAUGUUCGAUGGGACGAUAUUGCUGAUUUAGUGGAAGCUAAAAAGUUGCUCAAGGAAGCUGUGGUGUUACCCAUGUGGAUGCCAGAAUUCUUUAAGGGCAUCAGGAGACCAUGGAAAGGAGUGUUGAUGGUUGGGCCACCCGGCACAGGAAAGACCCUCCUUGCUAAAGCAGUAGCUACGGAAUGCAAGACAACAUUCUUCAAUGUGUCCUCAUCCACUCUGACUUCCAAGUACAGAGGAGAGUCCGAGAAGCUUGUCCGUCUUCUGUUCGAAAUGGCUCGAUUUUACUCCCCGGCUACCAUAUUUAUCGAUGAGAUCGAUUCCAUUUGUAGUCGCAGAGGGACUUCAGAAGAGCACGAGGCAAGCAGGAGGGUGAAAGCAGAGCUGCUGGUUCAGAUGGAUGGUGUUGGGGGUGCUUCUGAAAAUGAUGACCCUUCUAAGAUGGUUAUGGUUCUGGCAGCUACUAACUUUCCCUGGGAUAUUGAUGAGGCAUUAAGACGACGUCUUGAGAAAAGAAUCUAUAUUCCAUUACCAUCAGCAAAAGGCAGGGAGGAGCUGUUACGAAUAAGUCUACGUGAGCUGGAAUUGGCUGAUGAUGUUGACCUUGCAAGUAUAGCAGAAAAUAUGGAAGGUUAUUCGGGUGCGGACAUUACCAACGUGUGCAGGGAUGCAUCCUUGAUGGCAAUGAGAAGGCGUAUUGAAGGUUUGACCCCAGAAGAAAUCAGAAAUCUUUCAAAAGAGGAAAUGCACAUGCCUACAACUAUGGAGGAUUUUGAAAUGGCUUUAAAAAAAGUUUCUAAGUCAGUUUCUGCUGCAGAUAUCGAAAGAUACGAGAAAUGGAUAUUUGAGUUUGGAUCAUGCUAAAUUCUCACAU